AUGCGCGUCCUUCUAGUGUCAGAUCCGGAAUGUGACGAAGCCGCUGCAUCGAUCCGCGUAGGCGUCGGCUCUACUUCUGACCCGCCUGAGAUUCCGGGUCUCGCUCAUUUCACAGAGCACAUGUUGUUCCAGGGGUCCAAGCGGUUUCCCGGGACACACGAUUUCUCCGACUUCAUUCACGACCACGGAGGCUACACCAAUGCGUUCACCAGCAAGUUUUCAACGGUUUUCUCUUUUUCUAUCGGUCCGGCAUCUCUCGAGGCUGGACUGGACCGGAUGGCAGACAUUUUCACGGCGCCUUUGCUGAAGGACGAGAACCUUAACAAGGAAGUAAACGCCGUCCAUUCGGAGUACACGGUCGAUCUCACCGACGACGCCCACAGAGUUUACCACAUCGUUCGACAGACGAAGAAAGGCGGUCCAUUCUCAAACUUCACUGUCGGAAAUCUUGAGAGCCUUAGAGAGCGGACGAAGCAGCAAGGCAUCAACCCCGUCGACGCAAUGCGUGAAUUCCACGGCAAAUGGUAUUCUUCAAAUCUGAUGACGAUGGCUGUAGUUGGACGCGAGUCUCUUGAUGAGCUCGAAAACAUUAUUCGAAGGCACUUCAGCGGCGUUCCCAAUAGCGGGGUUUCUCCGCCGGUCUUCGAAGAAUGCUCAGCAACAUUUCAACCUCUUGACCCCAGCGAGCUCGGCUCUCAGACCUUGGCGAUUCCAGAGGCGGAUAUCCAUGACGUCGUCUUUGUUUUCUACAUGCCGCCGCAAUCGAGGAACUGGCGCAGCAAGCCCUUGAACUACAUCGCCGCAAUGCUAAACCAUCAGGGCUCAGCUUCUCUAGCGAGCAAACUGAAACGCGAUGGCCUCAUCACGUCUCUCUCUGCAGACUACUGGUCGCCCGAGCUGUGCACGGUCUUCCAGGUCGCCGUCAGCUUAACUGAAGACGGCCGGUCCGAAGAAAGCAUCUAUAAAAUUGGCCGGGCGCUGUUUACCUUUCUCCGAUAUCUUGGAUUGAGUCGUCCCGAGCGCUGGAGGAUUGAGGAGAUCGCCAAGAUGCGGCGGCUCGGAUUCACUUUUGCGGAUAUGCCGGAUCCCUACUCGCUAACUGUCGAAGCUGUCGACGGGCUGCACUACUACACACCACGGGAAGUGCUAGCAGGAGAUCACCUCAUUUACCGUUUUGAGCCCGACCUCAUUCAGCAGACUCUGCAGCAGUUCCUUGUCCCAGAUAACGUCCGAAUGUUUAUCUUCGAUAAGAAGCUCGCUGCCGGGGCAGACCGCGUCGAACACUGGUUCAAGAUUCGACAUAAAGUGCAGCCGAUAGCGGAAUCUGUCCUUAAAACGUGGAGGACAAUCAGCAGAUUUCCGCUGAACUUGGCGCGCGCACUGAUGCUCAUGAGUCGUAUGGCGUUCCCUGCCCCGAAUCGGUACCUUCCCAACAGCGUCGCUCUCGUGCGCCGCCGCCCGCGCAAAUCCAAGAACGGUGUGCAGGGGACUGACAGUCUCCCAGCUGCACUUGUCUUUGACGGCAGUCACGUGUGUGCGGAGAAGUGCGAUGUAUUUCACAAACAAGACAACACCUUUAGGUCUCCAAAGACCGUCCUCGAACUUCACAUUUACUAUACGGAAAGCCUGCCAGAUGCGGCUCGUGAGCGCAUCCUGACCGGGCUCUACGUUCAGAGCGUCAAUCUCGCUCUUCUAGAGCGGUUCUACGAUGCUCGUCGAGGAGCGAUCAGCUGGCGUCGACCUCGCUCUGCGAAAAGAGGACGUGGCGGGGGUCGGAGUCGGCGUUGCAUUCGAGGGGUCGCGCCGACGGCAGCAGCAGAGGGGGGUCCUGCCGCAGAGGGCAGUGCAGAGAGCGGGAACCCUCUUCUGGCAAAGCGGUUCUUCGAGCUCGCUCUCGACAAUAUGCGCACUGGACUUCGUGUGGCUGCGUUCAAUCGAACGCCUUUCCGUCAAGCGAAUGAUGCGGUCCUGGAACUUAUCAUGGACCCCUACGUUCCGCCGCACAAAAUGUACGCAGCCUUAAUUCAGAUGGAAUCGGACGCAGGGUCACCAGACGCGCUCUUCGAGGAGGUUAAAGCUUGGGCAAAUCGAUUUUUGAAGGAGGCUUUCAUUCAAGGUCUUGUUCAGGGAAACAUUUCGGCUCAGUCCGCAGCACAGCUCGUAGGAGACGUGGUUUCCUUGCUGCCUCUUCAGAAUGUUGUAGCUGCUGAAAACGUCAAGAUGCCUUCAAUAGUUCCCUUUUGUUCCCUGAAGACAACGGUAACCCCUGGCUCAGAGCCAUUCCCUAACGAGGAGCCUACUCGAGCUUCUCACCAGACCCCCCCAACGCCUGCGGCAAGGUCAGUGUCGUCUCCCUCGGAGACUGAACCAAGGCCGCGACCUGCGCCCACCCCGCCCCGUAUCUUUGUGAUGCCGCCCUUGGCAUCCGAGAACGAAUCUACAUCUUCAGCAUCGUUGCCUGCUGUUGACCAACGUCAGGAGACCGUGAUGACUCCCGCGUCUUCACCUGUACCAACAGGCGCUUCAGCUGCGCGGCGCAUGUUGAGUCGCCGACUUGCACUACGUGCCGCAGCGGUCCCGAGGUUGUCGCCUCAAAGUCGGCUCGACAGUCGUGGUGCAGAAGGGGGAUCUAACGGACUCGCGACAGCCCUCUUCCGCCGAGCACUAAGGAAACGGUGGGCUGCGCUUAUUCGCAAGGCGCAGGCGAAGACACGGCCGAAGGGCGUCCCCGUUUUCGUGUUGCGCCGUCCCUCGACCGCGGCAAGUCGUCUAGCGAUUGAAAGGGGACCCUCGUUUCUGCAGCAGCGCUUGGAUGACCACGCGCCUAGUCUGCACAGAAUUUUCGCUACCGGCGACGCAGAGGAAAUUUGCCCGGACGGCGCCGCUUGCGGCGUGGCUAUGUGCAGCGGGUCCGAAUGCGAACGUGCUGGUGAGAAAACGUCUCAAAGUCCGUGUGAAAGUGGUGGAUGCAGCACAGCCCCUUGUGAUGCAACUGGAUGCCGACUGGCACCUAAAAGAACGGCUGAAAAACCGUGCACGGGUGAUGAGUGCUCUGGAUCAUGUCAAGGGUCAGCAUGUUCCUAUCAGGAGGCCUCUCAAUCAUCAUCUGGAACAGCUGUUGUUGCAACAACUGCGGGCUGUAAUCCGAACGAACUGCGGCCAAUGCACCUGUUCGCCAAGAGGCAGAAUAUGAAUCCUACGGACAAUAAGAACCAAGCAUACGUUGUAAUCGAGGUUGGUCCGCUGGAGAACGUCCGCGACCGGGCUUUAUUGUACAUGGUCGAUCGGUGGAUGUCUCAGCGCUUUUUCAACAAACUGCGAACCGAGCAGCAGCUUGGGUAUCUGACGGCGAUGACAGCGCUGCGUGUAGAAAAUACAUUCUACUACGGGUUAUUCAUCACGACCACGUAUGAUCCCGCACAAGUAGCGGAGAGGAUUGCGCAGUUUCUGCACGAGGAGCGUUCCAAAACGCUGACUCAAGAGGAAUUCGUGAGGUAUCAGCGAGCAGCCAUAGACGUCUGGAAGCAGAAACCGAAGAACAUCUUCCAGGAUUUCAACAAGAAUAUACGCCAGAUCAUAUUGGGUGACAAGAUCUUCGACAUCAACGAGCGCAUGGUCUCUGAACUCCGGGAAGUGUCUCGCGAAGAAGUCCAGACGUUUAGGAACAGGACACUGUUCAAGGCGCCGUGGCUCCUCAUGGAAGUUUACUCUCAACGUGAGCAACCACAAAAGCUCCCACAAGUCAGCAAUGGGUUGAAAACAAGCUCGGGUAGCCCAUGGGCCGAGCUGGAUGGGACAUUAUUUUCUGAUGUGAUCGCACCAGCCUCAGCAACUGCUUGA